GUCUGGGACCGCGCGUGGCUCGUUCGCCGCGAGAAACCAACAGAGGGAGGAUCGCUGUGGAAGCGUCGUCGCCCCGCAGAAGGGCAUACAGGGCAGAGCGGUGCUUCCUUCCGCUUAGGCUAUGGCACCUCUGACGAUCAGAGACACCAACAUUUCCCUCCCGAUGCCAGAGGCUGGCUCUACUACCACAGUCCUCCCACUCACCCUGCGAUCGCGGGUGAGGUCCGAUACCGGCUGCUGUCCCCGACGGGCGAGUACGAUUUCGAGGCGGGUAAGGACCUGCAAAACAAGCUUGCCGCAGUGCCUUAUUCCAUCAAGCUCACGGACAUUGCGAUGGACCCGUGGUAUUCCGUGUUGCGCAACAUUCUUUUGCGAGACAAGCUCGUGGCCCCUGAUCUACUGGAGCGAUGUGCCGCCAUCAAGAGGAAAAUAGGGGCAAUGCGGAACACGUACGGUGUCAAGCGGCUUUUGUGCAGCAUAGAAGACCCGUUUAUUGCGGAUCUCGAGCUACAGGUGCACAGGCUCCAUGUCUGGGCUAACGACGAUGUGCAUAUCCAGACUCUGAAUCUGCGCCUGGGUGAUAGCAGGGGAGCUCAUAGGGGAAGACCCACAUAUGCCGGUUUGUCCUCGCAUAAAGGGAUAGAACGCUAA